AUGAAUAAAGAAAAUUUGAGCGAAAAUGUCAAAAGGGUUUUAGCGAAAAAAGAAAGAAAAAAACUUAAGGAAGAAAGAGAAUUAUAUAAUGCCACUAAAAUUAUUAGUUCACAAAAUAAUGCUAUGAGAAAAAUAAUAGCUCAAAAGCAAUUAGCUUCCACUAGUUUUGUUAGUAAAAUGAAAGAUAUAAAUAAAUCAUUCCCACAUAUAAGGGCUAAAGAUGAUAAAAAUUAUAUGAAAGAAAAUCGAGUAAAGAUUCAGGAAAAAGCUGUACUUCAUAAAAAAUUCCAGGAAGAAAAAGAGGAGCUGAAAAAAAAAAAACCAUUCAAAAUGAAAAGGUUUGAAAAAAUUACUUCAAAAGUGGCUGAACAUUUAAGGAAAAACGAAACGAAAAAUGAGACAAAAAAGGAAGUCGAGUUUUCAAUUGACGUAGAAGAGGAGGAAAUGGAAGAGGGAGAAUUAGAAGAAGCAGAGGAAGAAAUAGAGGAAGAAGUAGAAGAAGAACCAGAGGAAGAAGUAGAAGAAGAAUCAGAGGAAGAAAUAGAAGAAGAAUCAAAGGAAGAAGUGGAAGAAGAAGCAGAAGAAGAAGCAGAAGAAGAAGCAGAGGAAGAAGCAGAAGAAGAAGCAGAGGAAGAAGCAGAAGAAGAAGCAGAGGAAGAAGCAGAAGAAGAAGCAGAGGAAGAAGCAGAGGAAGAAGUAGAAGAAAAAGCAGAGGAAGAAGUAGAAGAGGAGGAGGAAACAUGCAAAAGGGAAGAUGGAUAUGGAAAAACUGAAGAAAAUAUAAUAGAUAAAUUUCAAAAAAAUGAGCGUUCUAAAAAAAAUGAAAAAGGGGGAAAAGAUAAAUUUCAUAAAAAUUAUGGGAAGUUGCCAAGUUAUAUUUUAAAAAAAAAAAAAGAUAUACCAGACGAAUCGAUGGAUGCACCCCCAGGAUAUCGUGUUUUAAAAAACGAUGAAAGAAAUUAUGUCUUAAAAGAAUUGCAUUCUCAAUUAAAACAAAUUAAUGAAGAAUAUAAAAACAAUAAAGAUAAAGAAAAAAAAAUUGACCUCGGAAAACAAUUAAAAGAAAUAAAGGACUCUAUCGAAUUAUUUAGCACCCCUUAUGUUGUUGUAGACAAAAAUUUCUAG